UCUGAGCAGCCGCGCGGCCGGGGCGGCAGUGCGACAGAGCAUCCUGGCGGCGCCUGGCCACCGUGAGAGAUUAAAUGGUCAAGACAGACAAGUGGAAUUAGGCUUUGCUGUGGAGACUUCAUUAUCUUCUCAGUACCUGACCAUUUAUGAUGAGGCGGCUUGAGGAAGUGUGAUGUUUGCUUAUUUCCUCACAGACCACAGUAAACACAGGUGUGGAGGAACCAUUUGCCAUGGAAGCCAGGGAUCUGGAGAGCAUGGAGAGCCCCACACCGGUCUACCAUCUCAUACCUGAAGCCAGCCAGCCCAAGGGGGAAGAAGAUGUCAGCAUGCCACCUCAAGGGACUGCAGGAACUAUGCAGCUGAAGAAGGAGAUCUCUCUGCUGAAUGGGGUCAGCCUGGUGGUGGGCAACAUGAUCGGCUCAGGAAUCUUUGUCUCACCCAAAGGCGUGCUGGUAUACACUGCCUCCUACGGGCUGUCACUGGUUGUAUGGGCCAUUGGUGGGCUUUUCUCCGUUGUGGGUGCCCUUUGCUAUGCGGAGCUGGGGACCACCAUCACCAAGUCUGGGGCCAGCUACGCUUAUAUUCUAGAGGCCUUUGGGGGCUUCAUUGCCUUCAUCCGCCUCUGGGCCUCCCUGCUAAUCAUUGAGCCCACCAGUCAGGCCAUCAUCGCCAUCACUUUUGCCAACUAUAUCAUCCAGCCCUUCUUCCCCACCUGUGAUCCCCCGUAUCUGGCCUGCCGGCUCCUCGCUGCUGUGUGCAUAUGUUUGCUGACAUUUGUGAACUGCGCCUAUGUCAAGUGGGGCACACGUGUGCAGGACACGUUCACUUACGCCAAGGUCCUAGCGCUCAUUGCCAUCAUUGUCAUGGGCCUUGUUAAACUGUGCCAGGGACACUCUGAGCACUUGCAGGACGCCUUUCAGGGUUCCUCCUGGAAAAUGGGAGACCUCUCUCUUGCCCUCUACUCUGCCCUCUUCUCUUACUCAGGUUGGGACACCCUUAAUUUUGUAACAGAAGAAAUCAAAAACCCAGAAAGAAAUUUGCCCCUGGCCAUUGGGAUUUCUAUGCCAAUUGUGACACUCAUCUACAUCCUGACCAACGUGGCCUAUUAUACAGUGCUGAGCAUUUCAGAUGUCCUUGGCAGUGAUGCCGUGGCUGUGACAUUCGCUGACCAGACAUUUGGCAUGCUCAGCUGGACCAUUCCCAUUGCCGUCGCCCUGUCCUGCUUUGGGGGCCUCAACGCGUCUAUCUUUGCUUCAUCAAGGUUGUUCUUCGUGGGCUCCCGUGAGGGCCACCUCCCGGACCUUCUGUCCAUGAUCCACAUUGAGCGUUUUACACCCAUCCCUGCUUUAUUGUUCAAUUGUACCAUGACACUCAUCUACCUCACUGUGGAGGAUGUUUUCCUGCUCAUCAACUACUUCAGCUUCAACUACUGGUUCUUUGUGGGCCUGUCUAUCGCUGGACAGCUCUAUCUUCGCUGGAAGGAGCCCAAGCGGCCCCGGCCUCUUAAGCUGAGCCUGUUUUUUCCCAUCGUGUUCUGCCUAUGCUCCUUGUUUCUGGUGAUUGUGCCCCUCUUCAGUGACACCGUGAAUUCUGUCAUUGGCAUCGGGAUCGCCCUCUCCGGGAUCCCCGUCUACUUCCUGGGUGUUUACCUGCCAGAGUCUCGGAGGCCACUCUUUAUUGGGAAUGUCCUGGCUGCUAUCACCAGAGUUACCCAGCAGCUUUGCUUUUGUGUCCUGACUGAGCUAGACGUAGCUGAAGAGAAAAAGGUUGAGAGGAAAACUGACUAGAGGCCAGAGGUGAUGUCCCUGAGGCCUGGAAUGUUGGCUACCUGUGGCCACAACCAGCAAAGUCCAGAUGACAAGACUGUAUGGGCCCGACCCUCUUGUACUAAAGGAGCCUGUUGGCCCAAAUUAUGUAAGGGGACUCAGGGCUGAUGGCCUGCU